ACACACACACACACAGAGAGAGCGUUCGUGCUCUGCUCUCUAGCAGUAGGCUGGAUAAGUUGAUACAGGUUACUUGCCGUCUUCUAGUACUUCGGUGUUUGUGAAUGUGUGGGAAGUAGGUGUGCUGUAGGCUGACGACUGUUGGGGCAGUGAGUGUGAGGAGCCCUGGUGAGGAAGCACUGCCAUGGCCGCCGCCACCGCCGCCGCGACAGUAGAUUAUUCGCGUCUCAAGCUGCUGUGCAUCUUGGAGGGUCCGGGAGCAGCCGUGCUCUCUCACGUUCUGAAUUACGGCACAAAGAAGACCGCCUCUGUUACUCUCUUGGACUACCUGAUCAACCUCCCAUACACCUCGACGGCCAACUACCUCACGCUUAAUGGUGAGCAGAAGAGGAGGGCGUUUACCCGCACUGAGAAAAAUCAGAUGGCUAAUGACCCCUUGUGCCAGAGCUUUGAUAUAAUUCUGCUUCAUAAGUGCAUAAGACUGGCCUGUGAAAAUGUUGCAGAACUCAAUGAUACACGCUGGCAAGAUGAUAAUGUGAUGGAGGGCCUUGUCACGAAAAUAAAAGCAGAGAGAAAUGAAUGUGUGCACGAGAGGCCGCAGAUGACAGACGAACAACAUUUCAUGGAAAAAAUCAGUGACCUCAAGAUCCUCUUCAACAGAUCCCUUCAGGCUGUCAAGGACAAGUACGGAGUCUCUGACCCUGAGACUACAAACAUCAGAGACAACAUAACAAGGCAGAUGGAAGAUAUAUUGCAGGCUUUUACUGGAAAAGUCAUCUUACAGAUGGAUUUUAAUAAACGCCUCUGUUUCUUUAAGGAUGAGUCAGUGAGUCAUCUGAGAAAAAUUUACAAACAGUUUGAAUAUUUUGACCCUCUUUCAUUCCUCAGUGGAUCCCAAGAAGAACGGGUCCACAUCCAGCCCAUAUUUUCAAAACUUAUCCUUAAAGAACAACCAAAGAAUCUUGAUAUUGACUGCUUGGAUCUGUUAAAAGUUCUAACAACAGAGCCUCAGGGCCCACAGCCCUCGCAGCCUGUCCAGGACCAAAGGCCACGCCUUGCUAUAGUGAGCGGCAUUGCUGGGAGUGGGAAGACCACCCUGCUCACUUUCAUGUUGUCGGAAUGGCUCAAAGAAGAGUGUGACCGCCGCAUCAAACACCUAGAGGAGUACGACAUUGUACUCAGAAUACUGUGCCGGGACACAGAUGCCGAAGAUCUGGAGACAUUCCUGGGCCUGGUCCUCCCGUCUAGUCUGUCAGUGUUUAAUGAGCCUCUCGUUAACUAUUUAAAGCACUGUAAAGUGCUGUUCCUCAUCGAUGGUCUCGACGAGCUGAAUAGCACCACCGAAAAACUCAUCAAUAAUAUUCUGAAUACAACCAAAUAUAACAGAAAUUUCUUCAUUCUUGCUGCCUCACGACCAGAGCGAGUGGACCAGUUCUUGGCCCGCACGCGACAGGACUAUAAGCAAUCCCAGAUAACUAUUGAAGGGAUUCCUGUCUCUAGGAGGAUGGAGUUUGUACUCCAAUACUCCACCUCCACAAAUCAGGAUAGGUUGAGAAAGUUCAUGAAAAAGCAAGGCAAUAUGACCUUGUUUGAGCUUCCCCUCAACCUAUUAUUCCUGGUAACAUUAUUUGAAGACAAUCCAGAUUGUAUCACAACAAAAAUUACGCAGUCUAGUUUGUACACCCACAUCCACGAGUGGUGCACAGAAAAGCUGCACCACAGAAUAUCCGUGCACCCCACAUGGGGAAAGAACGAACUAGAGGAGACCCUCAGGACGAGGAUAAAAAGAGUGCUGAAAGAGGUGUACCAACUGGCGCUACAAGGCCUCCUACAGGACAGACUGAGCCUCUCAGAUGAGGACACCAAGUGGCUGGCGGAUUACUGCAAGAGAGAGGAUCUGCCAAGCCACCAAGUCCUGGGAGCCUUCUUCACUCUGCGGUUGUCCAUCAUCAACAGAAUAGUCAAAAGAAAGUACUAUACACCACACAAAGGACUACUGGAGUACUUUGCAGCUCGACAUAUCAUGCAGUGCCUUCAUGAUGAAUCCCUCCCAGGACCAGGAGCUAUUAGGAGCCUGCUUCAGGGCACUGCUCAGCCACAGACACAGCCUCUAGAUCUUCGGAGUCUGCGUAACCUUUUCUGGCACGUGGCGGGUCUCUUAAGCAUACAAGAGGCACCAACAUGUCCCGAGACCAUAAAGGAAGUAAUAGACAUGCUGUCAGAGACUGGCGCAAAGUGGAAUGAAUGGCUGUCACUAGUGGAAGACACGGAUUAUAAUGAAAGCUUCCUGCAGGGCAUUGCUCACCAUGUCACAGAAAAUCCUCCUCGUGUCACAGUAAGGAUAAGAGACAAUACGUUGGCCAGCGCUGCGGCAUUGCUUCCCCGUACACCUGCAACAACAAUGGAAUUAUGGCUGGACAACGAAAAAGUGAAUGUGGAAAAUGUUCGUGCCUUGAUUGAUCACCAGUGCCAUGAAUUAUCUCUACAUCACCAUUACAAGCACCCCGGCAACACGUGCGCCUCAGACACCGUGCUGCGCGCCAUAGACAGGAGUCGCCUUAAGGAGUUCACUGGUCACCUGAGUGCUGAUUGCGUGGCGCUGCUCCCUGAACCCCUUAAGCAGCUGCACCUGGCCGUAUCUAGUGAUGAGCACGCUGGCAGCCUUCUAGCAGCCCUCACCCAAGCCGCCUCAUCUCUACCCAACCUGCAGAGGCUUCACAUCCACGUACCCGUGGCGAUGGUGACACCAGCGGCGGUUCCUUCACCACUACCUGACAUCAGAGAUGUGCAUCUGGUCUUGUCUAGCGUGGAGAAAAGCCUGAUGAAGGAAGCGUGCCAAGUGGCGGUGGCUCUCCAGCCUAGGAGCGGAUAUGUUGGCAUUGCGUUCCCCCGAGGCAGGAUGGAGGCAGCAGAGUGGCGGGACCUGCUUCACCUCCUGGCAGCGGCACAGGUCAGGGUAGUGAGAAGGGGAGGUGUUGAGAUACCAGAAGAAACCAUCACAGUGGAGGAGGAGAGGGAGCUGAGGAACCUUGCUGACACUUUGUGGGGGUGUUGGGUGUGGAGGUACCCCGACGAGGCGUGUUUCCUGCCAUAUUUACCUGUUUUUCCAAGUGUGUUGAGCUGCCGCAUUCAGAACACACCGUGUGGUCUUUUGGUAGUGGGCAGUUAUUGGUGGUGUGAUCCUCAAGAGUGUAACAUCUCAUUUUCGGAAUGUGAUAGGAUGAAGUCGUCAACAUUGAAGAGGAUGAUUGUUCUCUUCGCCCACAAUUCCGGUGGUAUGAUGGGGUCGAAGCUUCCGUCCUUGAGAGCUGCACAGCAUUUUCCCUGGAAGGUUUUGUUCACCUCUUCAUCCGAACGGCAGUAGACACUGGGUCGCCACAUCUGUCAGCUAUCACCAUCCCUAUGACACCUGGUUGUUGCUCAUCACCACACCCUCAUCUGCUCCACUGAAUCACUGGUCUCCACCACUGAUGCCUCCCUGCCUGGACUCGCCAAGGUCACCUCUUCCUUCCAUCCUGAGUCCUCCCAGCUGUGUUCUCCAGUCAUCUGGUUGUCAGACCAGCACCGCAAAAAUUUAAGUAUUCAUUUCAGUUCUAAUUAUUCCUUGUCUUCUCCACUCUUCCCUCUUCUGAUAUGUUUGUGCCUGUCUGUUUGUCUGUCUAUCUUUCUUACCAUCAGUGUAUAUAUUAUUCCCUUCUGUCCUUCAUUAUUAUUUUUUGUUGUUCUUCAUUUAUUAUAUUAUGUGUUAUUCUGUGUGUUUAAUAUUUCUGUGUAUGUUUAUUCAUCCAUUCUUCUGUGACACACACGUCUUCCUAUGAAAACACGGUAACAGUCUGCACUGUCAUCUUCAUCACUACCUGCCAAAAUGUCCACUGAAAACAUCAUAACAUCUAACAUCACCUUUAUUCAUGAAUCUCAUCAACUUCCUUUUCUUUUUUUUUUUGUGGAAUUGGCACAAAAACCAUUCAUCAGUUUAUUCAGAGUAUUAAGAAGGAAUGUACCAGACGUUCAGCCACAUCUGAUAAGGAGAAAAAUAUCCAUUUUAAAAUCUCAUAUCUGUCGAGCCCUGGUAAAAAUCAGAUAAACUCAUUUCUCUCAUUACCUUUGAUGACUUCACUCAGCUCAGAAAUAAUUUCCAGAGUCAUUCAUAGCUUGGAGCCACCCAUUCUUUCUUCAAACUCUCAAAAUCUAUCACACAGCACGUCCACUCACACACUAAUCCUUACAAGGCAGAAAACAUUGCCUCCUCUCUGAGCUCAGAAUUGAUCGCUCAACUCCAAGAUUCAAAUUGGUUUACUGGUGACUCACUGUCAAAGGAUGAGUUAAAAAAGACCCAGAGAUUAUCUCUUGUUCACUGCCUUCCUUGAUGCUCCCAACUUCCAGGUUGCAAGUGACACUGAAUUCAACAAAACGGAUUACACAUAUGAUGCCUGCAAAAUAAUAUUUGAUAAGCGUCCUAUUCCUAGUUCUGAGCCUAUUCAGGUACUUUACGCUCACUCACCUGAUUCUUCUAUCUCAGCUGCUUACCUUCUCGUCCUUCUUCACCUUCUCAUGGGCAUUUUUAUGCUUGACAUGAUCCUUCUUCACGCAGGUAUCAUUAUACUAGAUCGAAAUCGAAGUCAAGAAAUGUCACCUGCACCCAUUGCAAACUGCCUGGUCAUGUCAUCGCACAGUGUAAAGUUGUUCUUGAUAGCUCAGGUAGACACUCAUUCUACCCUGAUGCAUUCUGUUUUUUCCAUAAAAAUGUAGGUCAUUCCUUGCAAGACUGCAGGCGUUAUCAUGCACAGUCUCAGGUUGCUCAACAAACAAAAUUGGGAAACGAUGUGCGCCAUUCACUGGCCAAUCCAUCAUAUCAUCAUCACUCCUCAAAUCAUCACCUUCUUAUGUAUCUAAACACCAUACAAAGCACAAAGUAUGCUUCACCUAUCAUCUUAACUCAGUACUUCCUUCAGUUAACUUUAGAUAUGUUGGAUUAUUCAUUGGCAUUGUCACAGAUGUUAUGUGUCACUCUACAUUAUAAAAAGCUUUCUUUAACACGGGUGCUGCUGUUAACCUUAUCAAGAUGGAUGAAUUUUGAAGACUCUCUUCCUCCUCUCAGAAUCACAUCACUGCAUUACCUCCUGACAUUAAUCUCAGCGGUCUAUCUGGGAAAAUUGUCUUACCUCAUGGGAAAGUACUUUUAUCGCUGUCCUCCAGCAACCAAAUAUAUGUGAUUACUUCUACAUUGUAUCAAAUGUAUCUUUUAAUGCUGAUCUUCUCAUAGGCUUCAACACCAUAUGCAAGUAUGGUAUCAGUUUAUUCCCUGCUAUCAAUAAAAUCACUUAAGGGGAUACUUAUAUUCCUACUAUUCUUCCCUAUGAUACUCCUUCUCUUGCUGGUGUGAUAAUAUCAGCCACAACUCUUCCUUCCCCUAGCGACCAGACAUUAUCUGCACGGGAUUCUUAUGUUACAUCAUCUAGCUUGCCUGUCUCACAGCCUCAUUUUCAACCAUCUUCCUUGUCAGACCACAAUGUAACUCAUUGUAAACACAUUUUACUAGCAGAUCCAGUAACACUGUCUGAAUGUGCUUUAUAUGUUAUAAACGCUAAGGUUAAGUCUGCUGUAUCAGGCUCUAAUAUCCUCUGCUAUGCACAACAAUCUCCAUGUAAAGGUGACAGCCAUAACAUGUCUUCUCUCCUGCCUAUCACAAAAAAUCAUAUAUUUGUUCUUGAUUUCCCAGUCUCAACAAGAAUUAUCCGCUCUCCUCAAUUCCUUCAGGAAUGUUGUCUCUGAGUCACACAGACGUCAUCACCCACUCAAUCCAUCUGACGCCUGGGUCCAAGCCAUCUUACAUCCCUUGAUCAUCUGCUUGAUGAAGUUGUGCAAGACAACCUGGCAUCUUCAGCAUGACGGCCCCAAAAUAGAUGUUUGAAUGCAGUCACUUGAUGCAGUUCCCCACAGCAACUAUAACAUAGCUUAUAUCAACCAUCAACAUGGCGGAGUCUUCAUCUAACAAGAAGCCAAAAACUGUGGACUUUGAACUUUGCUUCAUUUGUCAGCUGAGGAGCAAACAAAUAGAUUAUACAAACUAUGUGCUUCACCCAUCUUUGCAUUCUAUAGAGAAACUAAUUAUAUCAACUGAUUUUCGAUGUUCAUACGGGGAAACAGAGUUCUCUGCAUUAAAGGAUCGCAUAAGUGGUUUGUCUGCUGAUGAACUGCUUCAGAAAAGUGUUUCCUACCACAAGACAUGCUACAAGGAUCUCACAAAUAAAACACACAUUGAACGAGCAAAAAGGAGAUACGAUAAGGGACAAGCAAGUGCCAGUGACGUAAAACAGAAGAGAAAAGGACGACCAUCAAAAUCCACAUCUACCUGUACUUCUACAUCACGACCUACAUGUACCAGAAGUCAGAUUUUCGACAAGGAGAUGUGUGUCUUUUGCCAAGAAGAGAGAGCAGGUAACAAAUUAGGACACAAGCGCGCUUCUGCACUGUUGGGUUUUCAUGCUCUGACAGGCUCUGACAUGUGUGGUAGAUUUGCUGGCAGAACCAAAGACUGGUGCUUCAAGGCAUUCAUGUCUUGCGAUGAUGAGAUCCUGGAUGCACUAGCAGUGCUAGGAAAUGACAACGAUCUGCCCUCUGAUGCAUGCUCUCAGCUGGAACGUUUUGUUUGUGUGCUGUAUAGAUCAAAAAUUCACACAACAGUAAAUGAGCUUCGCUGGUUUCUCUACUCAAAUCGUGCAGCUCUAGGAGAAAACCUUCCACCAACGUCUGGUUCACUGAACUUGCAUAUUCGACGGGCGCACUACAUAGCCAUGAUUUGGAAGAAAGCUGAUGUAAAUCACCCACGCCUUCCAGCACCUGAUGCCUUUGGUUGGACAUUUGACGCAGGUUCAAAUCACUUCUACCCUGUCCGAUGUUUGAACCCACCAGCUCCUGAGGCAGUACUGAACCUAAUAAAGUGCGGAUGCAAAUGUGGAUGUGAAGGAAUGUGUAGUUGUCGCAAAAACAAUAUCCCAUGUACAGAAGUCUGUGGAUGUUGGGUUUUCACUUGCAACAACAAAACAAGCCAACCAGAGAUAAAUGAGGAGUGUGAAGACUUUUGAUGUCCACUGUAAAAACUAUACCUAUACACCAUGUAACAUAGCCAUUUUGGACAUCAGCUUGAAAUUAUGCAUGUAAGUCACAACUUUAGCCUAAAUUUAAUGAUUCCAUUGGUUUUCGUGUGUCAGAAUACCUAUAUUUAGAUACUUUAUUUGUAAUUAUAUCAUGUGUACUAGCGAAGAUAUUGAAUUAUUGCUAAACGGCGGCCAUCUUGGACGCCAUCUUGAAUUUCGGACCCUUAGAAUGUGAAGAAAAAAUGGCACCCUAAUUUUUUUUGAAGCUUAUGAUAUAUUCUUUCAAAAUCAA